AUGUUACUGCAAUAUGUGACACAUAUCAAACUUGCCCGAUGGGCAGUGGAACGUGGCCUCAGUGAUAUGAGCACUUGCCUGCAAUUUUGGGCCUCGGUGUUUAAUUGUGCAGCUGUAAUUUGCAACAGACAAUGUCCUCUUCACCAAGAUCCAAGUUCUACUCCCAAAGGGUUUGAUGUCAUGAGCAGUGUUGGCCAUUAUUGUAACGGGCUCAUGACAUUAUCUAACCUCGGUAUUCGGUUGCAAUAUAACUUGGGCGCUAUGGUCAGCUGCUCUGGCCACUUUGUCAGGCAUGGUGUCACAUACACCGGCGAUCGCAUUGUGUGGGCUUGGUUCAUAUGUGACAGCCUUCAGAAUUUUGUGGGGACACCUCGGCCAUCAUAUGCAACUUACAUGGGUGUAGACUAA